GUGAGGCGGGGCGCGGGUCUGGCGACGUUGCCAAAAAACACUGGCAUGUUCUAGACGUUCUAUUUUUUUUUCCUCUCUCAACUGACAGUGACUUAACGCUAGGGGCAAACGGGGCUCACAAUUCGCCUGUUUUGUCGGUGGCUCACCGGGUUUACGCGUCGGUGUUUGUGGCAUUCGUGGACGUGGUGGUGGUGAAGAAGAAGAGACGUGCUGACGAAUAAGAAGGGUGUAUGUGUGUGUGUCACACACAGAGCAGAGCGGUGACAGUCUUUCAUAGUCACCGCUAUCGUAACUUCAUUUCAUGAGUUCAUCGACGCUCCCUCCAGGCCGGUGGUGGACAGACAGCUGAACUGAACUCCUUACCGUUCAGGCCGGAGCUCACACGGAGACUUAGGAGUGACGGGAGACAACAUGGUGGAUUACUACAGUAUCCUGGGUGUGCCCAAAACAGCCUCUCAGGACGACAUUAAGAAGGCGUACAGGAAACUGGCACUGAAAUGGCACCCAGAUAAAAAUCCAGACAACAAGGAUGAAGCGGAGAGAAAGUUUAAAGAACUUGCUGAGGCCUAUGAAGUCCUGUCUGACAAGAGUAAACGUGAUUCUUAUGACAGAUUUGGAAAUGAGCGAAUGCCACACACAGGUUCCUCAAGCUCUGACUUUUCAUCAGAUUUCCCAGGAUUCACCUUUACAUUCCGCAGCCCAGACGAGGUAUUCAGAGAAUUCUUUGGUGGCCAGGAUCCUUUUGCUAGUUUCUUUGAUCAUCAUUCAUCAUUUGGAGGCUCCUCCUCUCGUCUCGGCCCUAGUCGUUUCUUCUCUUUCCCUUCAACCAAUGCUGAAUUUACCUCGUUCUCCUCUUCCAUGGGUCUGGAUGGGAUGGAGAGCACUAGCGGAGUUAUGGGCAACUUCAGAUCCAUUUCCACCUCCACUCGCAUCGUAAAUGGCAAACGCACCACUACCAAGAAGAUAAAGGAGAAUGGGCAGGAAAGAAUAGAAGUUGAGGAGGAUGGAGUGCUAAAGAGGGUCGUAAUUAAUGGUGUUGAAGACGAAAUGGCCCUCGCUCUGGAGCUGAGCCGACGAGACGCCCAGUCCCAUCACUCUCCUCAGAAGCCACGCAUCCAAAAUAGAUCACCUGCCGAGUGCGACAGGCCCCACCCCAACCCUCUCUCGGCACCCACACACCGGUCAUUCAGCUCCGCCCCUUGCUACAAUUACGGAGGGACUGUGGGAGGUAGUGAAGAGGAUGACGAGGACGAAGAGCUGCAGAUGGCUUUGGCAUGCAGCCUGUCAGAAAUGGAAGCACAGCAGAGAGCAGCUGCUCCUGGCUUCAUAUCAGGUGCUGGGGGUGGGGGCAGAACUUUUAGUGGCCAAAGAGGAGGUGGGGCUGUCAAGACAAAAAAAAUGAAUGUGGCCGGUACUGAAAAGGUUGUGGCAGAGGAGAAAGAUGAGGAGGAGGGGCAGCUUAAAUUGUCCUCGGGGUUUGGAGAUGAGAGGUGCGACAGGGAGGGGAAGGAAACCAGGGCACCAGGCUUCUCUCCUGAGUCAGCCACAGCUCAGGGCAGUGAAGAAGAGAAACAUGGUGAUGGCAGUGUGAAGAAGGACAAGACGUGUGGCUGUAUUAUAUGCUAAUAUCUGUAAGCGUGUGUGUGUGUGUGUGUGUGUGUUUGAAUGCUUCAUUCUUUUUUACUGAACUCAGUGUUCUGCCCGCAGCUCUAAUGUAAUGUGAACACCAGAUUUUUAUUUUGUGGAAGUGACUCAGCUGAUGACACAUCAUCAUCAUCAGUGUGAAUCAGUUAUGACAGGGUUGGUGGUUUACUACUACUACUACUACUACUAAUAAUAAUAAUAAUCCACUAAAACAAAAGCUAAAAUGUUAUAUUUAGUUUUAUCCAACAAAACAUACAUAUAAAUGAAUUAUGUAACUUUGCCAAAUGUUCACACAUUGCUAAAAUGAGUGGGAAGUAGAUGUUCUUAGUGAUUUAGUGACCCAGUUAAUGUGUGUGUACGUGCACACUAUAGAAUCUUCCAGUCAGACAUGAUGAAAGGAAAGUGCCACCACAGAGCAACAUGAAAAGCCAACCAAAGAACUUUCUUUGGUGAUUGUCCCCCAAUUCUGGUCUGAUUAUAAAUUAUAAAGAUUAUAUAUUUCCCCCGUUUCAAACACCAUUACAGAAAUCAUCAUGACUUCUGAUGCUUUGUGAGGAUGCAUGUUUUAUUUUAACAUAAUCGUACUUAAUAUGUUCUUUAUAAUCAGAAAAGACAUCAAGAAAGUUAACGAUUACACCUUUUUUGUCAACCAAAUGUUUGGCAAAACACUGACUCUAUAUCAGUGUUUGAAUUACGUGGGAGCCAGUGGGAGCUGAGCUUCCUGAAAAAGGGGUCAGACUCCCACGAAGGUAGUGAAAUUGUUCUGUGGGGGUUGUUAAAAUAUAAUUAAAACAAGGGCGUCAGUUUGUGUAUGGUCCCCACCACCCCAUUUAGAGAAAGCCAGAUUGUCCCGACCAAUGUUGGUGACAUGGGCGAUUUUACGAGCAUCGGUUGAACGCAUCACAGCCGUGCAGAAAUAACACUGCGAGUCACAGGGGAGAUGAGAGAGAGAGGGAGGGAGUGCAGGUGAUGUGCUGUUCUGAGAACACAGUGGUGAGUUUUUAGGGCCAGACCUAAAACCUUUCUCUUGGGCCUGCACUACUUAUACAUACAUAUUGUCAUUAUUUUAUUAUUUGAAUUACAAACCAUGCACUUUUCAAUGUAAAGAUUAUAAUUUACAUGAACAAGAAACGAGUAUGUUGACCCCCACAAAGACAAGAUUAUAAUUCAAACCCUCAGAACAGGCACAGCCUUAUAAACAGUAUAUAUAUAUGUAUAUAUAUACAUAUUAAUUAUUUUUGCAAAGAUGCACUUUUUCUGAAACAUCACCAUAUUCGAUCAAAACGACCAUUUGUUGUACAGCUUUGCGCCCGAUUGUGUUUUUAUUUAACAGCUUUAACUGUUAACAUUAAAACACUCAUACGUUGAUCUCCUCUGUGCCUUUACACACUUGAAGAUGUCUACCGUGCUUAAAUGUUCAGUCACUAAAUCAGUUUUAUAAGCAAAGCUAAUUCAUUUCAGUAAACAAAGUGGUUUGUGUGUGUGUGUGUGUGUGUGUGUUUUGUAGUGGUAAGAUUAUUGUGUUUCUGUGCGCACCAGCUUUCCCUGUGGUGGCAGUGGUGUUAUGUGUGAAAGUGUCUGUUCUUGGUUGGACUGGUUUGAGAUGCCAUCGUAGAGGAGCGACAGCUGCAAAAAUUCCCUCCUCCUACACUCAGCGACAAAUGAAAAGACUUGUUUCAAAGCACCAGUGCGGAGGAUUUAGGGACAUCUAGUGGUAAAGUUGUGGUAAAGUCCUUGCAAUAAGAAAGCUGACAGUUGCCUUCAGCUAACCUGAACACUGGUGAAGGCCACCAAUUGCAGUGCCAGCGUAGCUUCUGCUAACCCUGGGUUAUUGUCUCGCUAACACACUUGUUUCCUCCUUUGCACUGGAAUUCAACAUCCAAGUAGAAGAAAGUGUGAGAGCUGCAACGCUGCUGCAUGACGGCUCUGGAGACGUGACCAGUUGUGCAGUGUUGAAAUCCCAAUUACUGUGACAGAGAGAGACAAAAUGUGUGUGUGUGUGUGUGUGUUAGUGUGAAAUAAGGCUAAUAAGUGACAGAAAAACACAACAAAAAAAACUCCUGGUGCCAUAAAUUUGUAUUAAAAUGCUUUUGUGGAGAGACGUGCCUGUCUUAAUAAGUAUCUUUACUAUGGGGCAGUGUCUCUUUCCUGCGUUUCCACUGCACACUAAGCACAAUUGGAUUGUUAUGUGGACGUCAUAUUUUUUUCCCCACUCGUGCCUCAGAUAUUUUGUAUCACAUAGGUUUUGCCUUCACUUUUCAUCAUCAGUUUGAACAUAUUCCUACUCUACACAUUAUCUCCUUCCUGAGGUGUUACUUUUGUAAGGAGAGGGAGUUAGAAAGAGGAAUAUUUCAGCCUGUGUUAUUAUCAUUAGUGCGAUAUUGAACUGACAAGUGUUACUGUUGUUUUUUUUAUUUUCAGAUUGUUAAAAGGGAAAUAAAAAUAAAGAUUGAGCUACAAGAGGAGUUGGGAUAUUUGAUUUAUUUUUUUGUUGAGAAUAUGAAAGUAACUGUCAUGCCUUACAUGCUCUUACAAUAACUACUACUAUGAUAGUGCAUUUGCUGUAUAAUAAAGAUCUUUAAUCUGAA